CCGGGCGGCCGGGGCGGGGCUACACUCGGGCCCCGCGUCCUGCUCCCAUGGCCGCCCCCGGCUCCCCGCGCUGCCCCCUUUCCCCCGGGCCGCGCCCCGGGGCCCCGCACUGACGGCCCAUGGCGCCGCCCGCCGCCCGCCUCGCCCUGCUCUCCGCCGCAGCGCUCACGCUGGCGGCCCGGCCCGCGCCCAGCCCCGGCCUCGGCCCCGGACCCGAAUGUUUCACAGCCAAUGGUGCGGAUUAUAGGGGAACCCAGAACUGGACAGCACUACAAGGCGGGAAGCCAUGUCUGUUUUGGAACGAGACUUUCCAGCAUCCAUACAACACUCUGAAAUACCCCAACGGGGAGGGGGGCCUGGGUGAGCACAACUAUUGCAGAAACCCAGAUGGAGACGUGAGCCCCUGGUGCUAUGUGGCAGAGCACGAGGAUGGUGUCUACUGGAAGUACUGUGAGAUACCUGCUUGCCAGAUGCCUGGAAACCUUGGCUGCUACAAGGAUCAUGGAAACCCACCUCCUCUAACUGGCACCAGUAAAACGUCCAACAAACUCACCAUACAAACUUGCAUCAGUUUUUGUCGGAGUCAGAGGUUCAAGUUUGCUGGGAUGGAGUCAGGCUAUGCUUGCUUCUGUGGAAACAAUCCUGAUUACUGGAAGUACGGGGAGGCAGCCAGUACCGAAUGCAACAGUGUCUGCUUCGGGGAUCACACCCAACCCUGUGGUGGCGAUGGCAGGAUCAUCCUCUUUGAUACUCUCGUCGGCGCCUGCGGUGGGAACUACUCAGCCAUGUCUUCUGUGGUCUAUUCCCCUGACUUCCCUGACACCUAUGCCACGGGGAGGGUCUGCUACUGGACCAUCCGGGUUCCGGGGGCCUCCCACAUCCACUUCAGCUUCCCCCUAUUUGACAUCAGGGACUCGGCGGACAUGGUGGAGCUUCUGGAUGGCUACACCCACCGUGUCCUAGCCCGCUUCCACGGGAGGAGCCGCCCACCUCUGUCCUUCAAUGUCUCUCUGGACUUCGUCAUCUUGUAUUUCUUCUCUGAUCGCAUCAAUCAGGCCCAGGGAUUUGCUGUUUUAUACCAAGCCGUCAAGGAAGAACUGCCACAGGAGAGGCCUGCUGUCAACCAGACGGUGGUCGAGGUGAUCACAGAGCAGGCCAACCUCAGUGUCAGCGCUGCCCGGUCCUCCAAAGUCCUCUAUGUCAUCACCACCAGCCCCAGCCACCCACCUCAGACUGUCCCAGGAUGGACAGUCUACGGUCUGGCAACUCUCCUCAUCCUCACAGUCACAGCCAUUGUAGCAAAGAUACUUCUGCACAUCACAUUCAAAUCCCAUCGUGUUCCUGCUUCAGGGGACCUUAGGGAUUGUCAUCAACCAGGGACUUCCGGGGAAAUCUGGAGCAUUUUUUACAAGCCUUCCACUUCAAUUUCCAUCUUUAAGAAGAAACUCAAGGGUCAGAGUCAACAAGAUGACCGCAAUCCCCUUGUGAGUGACUAAAAACCCCACUGUGCCUAGGACUCGAGGUCCCUCUUUGCGCUCAAGGCUGCCGUGGUCAGCCUCUCCUGUGGUUCUUCUCAGACUCUUCCCCUCCUCUCCCUCUGCCUCGGCCUCUUCGGGGACACCCUCCUCCUACAGACUAGGAAGACGCGCCCUGCUGCCAGGGCAGGCAGAGCCUGGAUUCCUCCUGCUUCAUCAGUUGCACUUAGGAGAGAGACUCAAAGCCCUGGGGCCCGGGUCUCUCUGCAUCUCUCUCUGAUCUAGCUAGCAGUGGGGGUGUCAGGACAGUGAGGCUGAGAUGACAGAGGUGGUCAUGGCUGGCACAGGGCUCAGGUACAUUCUAGAUGGCUGUCAGGUGGUGGGUAGGUUUAGUUACAUUGAAUUUUUUUUGCUUCUUCUCUAUUUUUGUUCACACACAAAUCAGUUUCUCCUGGUCUUUAUGGCUUGGAACAGGGCCAGACAGGGAGAACUCUUAGGUACUCUUGGGAGUUGGUCUGGUCCCAUACAAGUGCGGACUCCUGGACAUUAGCGAAGUGUAAAGACGGCGGUGUCUGUGCUGCCCCGGCAGCUUUGCUCUCCAGAUGCUGGACUAGGGUGGGCCUCCUUCAGCCUGGAAGGGUCUGAGAAUAAGAUCUAGUGACCCCCAUUUAUAUCAAACCUGAUAUCUUACACAUGGGCUUCUUUCUAGAUUCUUCUUUCCAUAGCUCAUGGAGCUACAGGGAAAGCUUUAAGAGCUUUGGUCAUAUAAAACAUCCAUUCAGCCAGGCGUGAUGGCUUAUGCCUGUAAUCCCAGCACUUUGGGAGGCUGAGGUGGGCAGAUCACCUGAGGUCAGGAGUUCGAGACCAGCCUGGCCAACAUGGUGAAACCCCGUCUCUACUAAAAGUAUAAAAAUUAGUCAGGUGUGGUGGCAGGCGCCUGUAAUCCCAGCUACUCAGAAGGCUGAGACAGAAGAACAGCUUGAACCCAGGAGGCUGAGGUUGCAGUGAGCCGAGAUUGCACCACUGCACUCCAGCCUGGGUGACAAGAGUGAGACUCUGUCUCAAAAAAACAAAACACAAAUAAACAAAAAAAAAUCCAUUCAUUUACUCAUGCAAUAAAUUCUCCUGCAAGCUUUUAUGGGCACUCAGUAAGUACUCAGGAUUGGAUUUAUCAGCCUUGCCACUGAGCAGCUCAUGGUCCUAUGGAACCUGAGCCAGGCCUCAGUCUGUCCAUGAUUGGCUCAGCUAACUCUCAGUUCAGAGUGGAGAGUAUCAAUCUUGUGUUUUUGCCCUUAGGCAGCAGUAUAUGAGACAUGGGGCCUGUGGUCCUUCCUUCUGGUAUCCCCCGUGUUAAAAGAUAAAAAACACCCCAAGGGCUGGGCGCGGUGGCUCACGCCUGUAAUCCCAGCACUUUGGGAGGCUGAGGCAGGCGGAUCACGAGGUCAGGUGAUCGAAACCAUCCUGGCUAAGACGGUGAAACCCCGUCUCUACUAAAAAUACAAAAAAUUAGCCGGGCAUGGUGGCGGGCGCCUGUAGUCCCAGCUACUCAGGAGGCUGAGGCAGGAGAAUGGCGUGAACCCGGGAGGCGGAGCUUGCAGUGAGCAGAGAUCACGCCACUGCACUCCAGCCUGGGUGACAGUGCGAGACUCCGUCUCAAAAAAAAAAAAAAAAACACCCCAAGGGCCAUCCGUGCUCUCUGCCCCUCCUGUGGGGACCAAGUGGGGUUAGGAAUGGCUCAGUGGGGAAGGAGAGCACUCUUGUCCCCAGUCCCAUGCCACCCUGUCCCUUAGAUAGGGAGGUGGGCUGCAGAGAUUGGUGCCAGGAGAGGGUGGGUUUGGGAAUUGGAGCUCCUCCAAGGAGCUCCUCCUAAGAUUGAGUGCUGCAGCUGUAGUGGCUGCUGGUUGGGAGAGUAAGUGCCAUCACUAAUUUAAAAGUCCUUGCCAUCUGGAAGCAGGCUUUGUCAACAGCAGCUGAGAAAAGCAGCCUGUGCCUCUGCUGGCCAUGCCUAGGCCCUCGUCAGAGCGUGCCUCUCCACAAGGCACUCGGGCCUGGGUGAUUGUUGCGCCUCUGGCUUUGGUGCUUCCUCUUUGCAGCACUUUGCCUACCUCCCCCAAGCCCUGAGCCACUGCCUGCUGGGGCUCCUACUGAGGUUCUGGAAACACUCUGCACCUGCCGCCCCUGGGAGGAAAGAGGGCCACACAGGAAGUGUCUGCAGGGAGAGGUGACACUCGGCAGCCUGAGUUCAGGAGAGGUGCUUGGAGCUUCAGGCAGAGGGGCCUUCAGAGGAGGGAAAUGGAGCAAUGUGUCACAGGCAGGCAGGGGCAGGACUGCCACCCCAGGCCCCGUGGGAGGCCUGCUGAGGGCACAGAGCUGCUCGGAGCAGCCUUCAUGCUUUGAUCUGGAAAGAGCAGCUGUCCGCAGGCCUCUGUCUCCAAGAGGCCUGUCACACAGGAGGACCGCUGGAAACAUACCAACACGUGCAGUCUCCCCUCCAAGCUAUUCAUGCUGUUUGUGGAAUCUCUCUCAAACACAAGUGUCAGGUGUGUGUCGUCCCAACGGGUCCUGUGCUGUGAAUAGAUCCAUGUGCAGCACAAAGGGAAUGUGGCACGUGGCCCCAGGAAGAGUUCACCCGGCCAGGGGGCAGUUGUUCAGUUGCCUGGGGCUGACACUGACCACUGGCCUCUGGGGUGUCCUGCAGCCCAAAUGCCCACCUUGCCCUCCUCACAUCUCAGUCAGGGGAGGCCAUGCCCAAGCCAAUGUGCUGUCGGAGCCUGCAGUGGGGGCAGCGCUUCCUCGGAGGGCCUGGGAGGUGCUGGGGAUGCCCCAGAGCUUCCCUUCCUGCCUGGCCCUGGCAUGGCCCAGCGCCUCUAGGAUCAACUUACGAUCCGUGGAGCAGCCCCGGGAAACCCAAACCUGGCUCAGGACAGCGUAUGGGCAGGAGGGCUGUAAAUCAUCCCAGGCUAAGCCUCCAUGGGCACUGGCUCCUGCCGCAGCCUGGCUAUGGGCUCAGUUAGAACCAGGUAGAAAGUCAGCGACACCCCACAGAAGGCCACUGCGGCUAAGUAAACACCUGAGAAAGAAACUGCUCCAGAAGAGAUGACGUGGGCUUCCAGGAGCAUGGAGGAGGUGGCACUUGAACUUUUAGGAAACUCCUUAGAUGAGAUAAAGUGGGGGUUGGAGGUGGCGAGAAGAGGGUAACCCUGGGAAAGUCAGCGUCAGAACCCAUGGCAGAAGACUGUGGGAGAGGCAGGGGAGGGGUUUUGGGGACCACUGUGGACGAAGCUCUGAAAGCACCCUGGCCAAAGCCUCUCCUGAGGUGACAGAGCGUGGGAGGAGGCUGCACUGGGCCUGCGUGCCAUCCUUACCCCUGUUCCCCGCUGGCGCCAGGCCCUGCCUUCUUGGUACAUGUGCCAACAGGAGAGCCCUCACCAGCCGAUCUUGUCACUCUCCGUGGUGACAGCGCCUUGGCCAGCUGUGGCCCCUAGUUUCUAGCAGCGUUUCUCAGUGUCCUUGGCACUUCUGAGAAGGCAGGCGGGAGGCACACGGUGCCCUGUUCCUCCCCGUUUGUCCAGUUGCUUGCAAAGCAGAGAAUGAGUAGGAAUGAACCCGAGUGCCUUCACCCGCCCUGUCCCCCAUGUCAGGACAGGCUUGAGGCCCCUCUGGGCGUGAGCGAGGAAACCAGGCUGCUCUAACUUCUGAAGAGUGGGCUCUGGCUCAAGACUCCAAUCAGCCAGAAGCCCACGGAGAUCAAAGCACUAGCAAGUUCAGCUGUCCUGGCCCUCGGGCAGAACCCACGGGCGUGCCUGGGUGCGGCUCCACCCACAUGCCCCACUGUCAGCCCAGGCAGGAGCCUUCCUGGCCGGGCUCAGGAUCUGCCUGCAGCCCAGCCAGGCCAUCACCCAGCCCCGAUGCAUCCUGGCACUGCACGCUUACUCUUCACAAGCACUUAUACGCAGAUGGCCUCCGAGACCCUGCCUCCCUGGUCUGCUGAGGCCAGGCCAGGUCUCCCACGGAGCCGGGCAGCUCCCCACCCCACCACCUGGCACCGUUAGGUUUCAGAUCUCCUGCGUGGUGUUUGAUGUCGGCUUUUGUUCCUACCUUGGGAGUUUGGAUUGUUUCCUCUGGUGUCUUUGUUUACCUUCCUCACUGUUCUACCUCCUGGCCAGGUCUCAGCUUAGCUUCCCUGGUGUGGGGUGUUUUUCAAGCCUUCCAGCCACAGCUGUCUCCCCUCAGGCUGGAUGGCUCAGGGGUGACAGGGCUUCACCCUCUGCCUGCAGACCCCUGGUGGGCACAUCUCACAGUCUUCCGUCUUGCUGAGUUGGGUAUGGAGGCAGAAGGGGGGUGUGGAGGAAAGUCAGAGGGAAAUCUGCUUCAGAAAGAAAGGGUCUUUAGACACGAAGACUGGAGGCCCUUCCCCACCCGCACCGGAGCUGCCAUUGUGGGGCUCAUGCACGUCAAGACCUUCCCACAUCCAAACUCAGCUUCCAGCAGGGAUUUUGAUUUUGGAUGACAAGGCUUUAUUUGUAAAUAUGCUCUUAAUAUGCAACUUUGAGAAUAAAAUAGAAACAUCAUGUAUUUUAAAAUAUAAGAUGAAGUGUGACGCACUGUAUACAAUUUAAUAUAUAUUUUUAGGACUUUGUUAUUUAAGAAAAUGGAAUGUAAUGGUACUUUUACAAAGAGAAAAAAUGUUAUUUUUACUUUGUGGAAAAAAUAAAUAUUCUCAUUGUUGUAGAAA